UGCUUUUUCAUUAUAGUUAUCCGGCUACAUCAAUUUAUAGCAUAAUGAAAAGAUCCAUGCGGUGGAUCCAUGCGGUGGAAACAGUGGAGGGGGAAGGUGAUACUUUCAACGCAGACCCCUGAAUUUCAAGUUAUAAAAGGAGAUGAUCUGAAGUCUAAGAAAAUCUUCGCGAGGGAGAUGGAGUGGGGACCAAACAUUGAUUUCCAGAAAAUGUUUGAUUUGAUUAAGAAAGUGGCCAUCGAAGGGAGGUUGAUGGUGGAGGAGAUGAUUAAGAAAGUGGCCUUCGCGCAUGGGGGAGCUAUAAGAAAAGCUUCGUGUCGUACCACUCAUGAGCGCGUACAAGCCAAUUGGAUUGUAUCAAUACGUCACUUGGAUUGUACCAAUACGAUCUCACUAUGUUCACUUUCUUCGUGGAAGAGUAUGAAAUUCUCCUCAUUUUUCUUUGCAACCAAACAGAAAACAGAAAAAAAAUAAGAGACGAAAGUUUGAUUAGAAAGAAAAAAG